GCGACUAACCAGGAGUCCUUAACCUUAUCAGAAGAAUCCUGGAAGCCGAUGUCGUCCAGGUAAAAGUCUGGAUCUGGAUAAAAUACAGUGGUGAAGUGCAGUGAACGAAGUGUUUUCGGAAUGGUUAUUCGUAAAGAAAGUGACGACAUCUCAGAAGAAAGUUAAUAGAAUCUGGAACGGUAGAGAUUUGGGUAAAAUGUUCUCCACUGAUCUAAAUGCAGAAAUGUUCCUGAACUGGGAAAUCUGACAUCCUUCAUGCAGGAGUGAUCACCUACGAAAGAUCAGCCAGAAUUCCCACAAGUGGCAGGAAGACAAAGCUAAGUAGCUUGUGUAGAAAUACCAGUUUUUCCAUCACCAUCACCAGCCUUCCAAAAUGUCGCCUUCGUUCCCUCUCUUCUUUUGUUUCUUCAUUGUCACUACAAGUGUCCGCGCCUUGCCUUCAUUUGCUCAGAAUUCCCUGACGAGAAAAUCUACCACAGAAGUCGUGGACUCGAAUCUCGUCACCAACGCUGCUACAUCGCUAUAUUCAUCGGCACUUUCCCCGACAGUAUUGGAGGGAGAAACACUACCCUCUGUCAUUAAUAGGACAGAAUCGCUGCUCAUCCCAGCUGUAAAAUCAUCAGUGAAUGAAAGUCAUUCCAGCGUAACUAGUCCUACAAAGCAAGAGGCUUCUGAUACCCCUACAACAACCGGAGAAACUAAUGGCACAGAGGGAGAAGUUUCCACUAGUCCAACCAAAAAUGGAGCUCUGAUCACUGCUACAGAGAGAACGACUUCCUCUAUUUCAUCAACAAAAAUGGAACCUCUUUUGGUCGACGCUACAGAGGAAGAAGUUCCUCUCAGUCGUACUACAAAUGGAGCAAAUGAAGAGACCCUUUUCAUCAACGACACACCUGCCCUGACAGAAAAAAGUUCCCUUAUUAUAGAGUCUGUAGGACGAGAGGGUCGUAAUAGCAAUGACGUUUUAUUCAGUGAUGAAACACAGGCUUUUAAAAAUAAAAGUUUAGCAUCACAGUUAGAGGAAGGGAAAAUACUUGCUUCCGCUGUACCCAGCAGAGAAGUGACAAAGGCCGUAUUUACGCCACCCGUCAUAGCUAAGAAGUGCUGUGAGAGCAACGAAUUCUGGGAUGGCAGCAACUGCGUUGCUGGAACAAUUCCAUUUCCCUUUGAUCCUUUUAUAGGUGCUACACAGGAUUCAGAAUCUGGUCGUAACAAUUUUACUUGGGAAACGAUGAUGCCGAACUGCCCAGAAGAUUUUAAAUACCAAGUUAUCAGGCUUCCUGGAGAGGACGCCUCUUUGAGAGCAAACAAGACUCACAGCUACUUGGAGUGGACUGAAUUAUCCAUGACCAGGCAAACCACUCAGUACUGUAUCGGUCAGCAACAAGAUGGCGAUUACUCUGCUGUUACGUGUAUGGCAGAUGAGGAGAAAGUGUGCAACGGAGGCACCUGUAUAAGAAAGUGCUGCCCUCAAGGAGAGGUCAAAUCUCACACCGACUGCAAACCUGGAAACUGGAACUUGAGCCUGUCCUUCUACUCACUCUCAGGGGACGAGUCCGAGGCGCCGCGGGACCUUCAGUUGGUGCCGCUAGUCCCAAAGUGUCCUUACAAAGCCACAGUCAAGUUCUCUUCAGGUUAUUGGCUCCUUCCCACCGGCAAACUCUACCUCAACCAAAGCGGUCAGAUCUUAGAUAACAACAAGUUCUGUACCGAAUAUUACAUAGAGGCCUUGGAAAAUGUCGUGAUACACUGCUUCGAUCAGCCCUCUCCAGUUCAAACAUGGAAGGUCUACCUGGCACCCAUCGGGAUGAUCAUCUCUAUCCUUUGUCUGGCCUUCCUGAUUCUCCUCCACUUCUCCACGAAGAAGCUCAUGAACGUCCAAGGUUACUGCUUCCUCUGCUACUCGAUCUCGCUCCUGCUGGCGUAUGUCGGGUUCUUCGUGAGUUUCAAGUACUCGAAGCAAUUGCAUAAUACGCAUUGCGUUCUCAAUGCCCUGUUCAGCCAGUUCACUCUUCAUGCAGCGUUCUUCUGGCUCAGCGUCAUGUGCUUUGAUAUCUGGAGAGUGAUCAGAUCCUCGUUGAAGUGCAUCCCUCUGACGGGAAUCCUAGAGAAGGACAAGCAGAAAUUCCUCCUGUACGCAUCCUACGCCUUCGGGUGUCCCUUGGUCAUCGUCCUGGUGACGCUCAUCAUACAAUUUCUCCCGCAGGAGGCCUCCGCCGGGUUGAUCGUCCCAGGGUUUGGAGAGGAGUCCUGUUGGUUCGCAGGUGAACUGGCGCAGUUCCUCUACUUCUAUCUGGCCAUUGCAACGUUGAUCGUCCUGAGUCUCUGCAUGCUGGGUCACGUGAUCUACAUGCUGUGCCAAGCCGAGCCAGGAAUGGGGUGUUGCCUUCGCAAGAGCAAAGGUCCCCGAGCCUUCAACAGGAAGCAUCUCUCGUUAUUUCGUCAGAGGCUGAUGAUCUUCGUCUUGAUGGCCAUCUGCUGGUCCACAGAAGUGCUUUCCCUGAAGAUCCCACCUAAGGACGCCUGGGUCGUCACCGACCUCCUCAAUACACUUCAGGGAGUCAUCGUGUUCAUCAUCUUCUUACUGAGCAAGCAGAAGAGGCAGCUGGUGAAAGAGAGCUUGCUAAAGAUAUUCAAGAAGACCAAUGAAGACACUGCAGAAAACCAACAGCAACGCGACGGACGAAUCAGAAGUGGCAGAUUCCCCAGAAACUUCGAAGAGCACAGCUGGAAGCACCGAGCAGUCACAGAGGGAGAUGGCGAAUAUGCCCUCAGGGACACAAGUGUCCUCUGGUGGGGAUGGGAAUCGCAAUCCUCCCCAACCCCAAGGGAAUGGUUCACCCGAAGGAUGCAGCGGCGGCGUAGUCAACGAAGGGUACAGGCAAGAGCGCGAAGAAAAGAAAGGUGUCAGCGGGGCUGACGAGACAAAGGAAGCUGACAGCCACGUGUAGAGCCUAACGAAGUCUUCGCCGACGGUGCCUCUAAAACCAUUCUGUCUCAGCAAAGAUAACUGAGCUUGUGACCAGAUUAGAGCCACAGACACGAAAGAAACGAACGUCAAGGGAUGGUGGUUGUGAGGGGUACCGGCAAUGCCGAUAGUGAAAGGGAGACUGAGACUCGGUUGUGUAUAAAGGGACUCCUUCACAGAGAAUGCAGUAGUAUUCUAGCUUUGCUGGGCGAUGUGUAGACAGCACAAGAUUAUACAUGAAGUAAAGACCGUUUACUUGAAUAACGAUACAAGAGGUAAUGUGGGGUUCAUGUAGUGAUGUCUAUGAACUAAUCAAAGACUACCCCAGUCCCCAGCCCCCCCAACGCCCCUCCCCCUUUUGCUUAUGUUGGUGUAGACCGAAGAGGACGAGGUAAACAAGGAACGAAAGUGUUUUGCGGCAUACCUCAUAACUGUUACCACUUAGGUGUCCUUGCGCUAAGAAUACCACUUUGUUUAUCCCCAGUUACAUCGUACAGAUGUUUUCAAUCCUCCUUUUUAAUGAUGUAGUGUCGAUGCUCCUCCAGAAGAAUCUGUCUGUCGAUACCCAAAGAUUCCGUCGAAAUUCAGAUUUCUGCAUCUUGAGAAUCACGAAGUAGAAAGCGAAGAAUUUUGGAUCUUUCUUAGACAUUGACCCCCGAUGGCUUUUAACUCGGUAUGUAUCCACCUUUGCGGCGUGUUUAGUACAAGCACAUUGAGGAUGACCUUAAAAACAUAAACAAACGACUGUAAAUAUCGUAAAGAUAAUAAUCCCGAAAAAAUAUUAGUCAUAGAAAACGACCCCCUGAACUUUGCUGGGGGUCACUACCUAAGAAAUUUCCAGAUUUUGCAGAUCAACAGCUUUUAUUAGCAUCCACCGACUCAGGAAUUCGGGCAAAGCUUCACUGAUCAGAUCCUUUUCUCUUUGUACGAUAACUAUCUGAAAUUGGACAGAGAAGUAAUUUGGUGAUGCAUCACUGAAAGCACCAUGGGAGUGAAUAGGCACUGCAGUCAAAUAAGCAAAGACAAUUAACUGUUGCUCUCUAGCAUGUUAUCGUGGA